UUGGGUUAGGGUUAGUACUCAGGUUAAGGAUUGAUGGUUAGUGUUAGGGGUUAGAGUUAGGGUUUGAAGGUUAGAGUUGGGGUUAAUUUUAGGAUUAGGGUUAUUUUAGGGUUAGGUGUUAGUAGAGAGAGGGUACGUUAGGGUUAGCCCGGGGUUCGGCAACCCGCGGCUCCUCAGCCGCAUGCGGCUCUUUAGCGCCGUCUUGUGGCUCCCUGGAGCUUUUUCAAAAAUGUUCGAAAAUUGACAAAGAUGGGGUAGUAUUGGGGUUAUGGGUUCAUUUUAGGGAUUAGCAUUAGGUUAUGGUUCGUUGUUCGGGUGAAAAUUAGGGUUCAGUUUAGGAGAUAAGGUGGGAUUUGGGUUCAGGUUCUAGGUUUCAGGUUCGGUUUUGGGUUUGUGUUAUGUUUAAGAUGUUAUGGUUAAUUUAGGGUUAGGCUUUAGGGUUCAGGGUUCAGGUUUGAUGUUUCCGGUUGGGGUUGCGGUAUGAUUUGGGUUCGGGUUAGGUUUAGGUUUCUUGCUGGAUUAGGAGUGUGGGUCUUUUAUACCUGUAUUAAAAUGUAUACAUAAUCCAAAAUGAAAUAUCUUCAGAACCUUGUAUUUUGUAUGUUUGAAUGUGUCUUUAAAAUCUCAUUUUCAUGAUAUAUCUGGUAAGGAAGUGUGUGGUUCUAUGUGGCACCUCAAGAGGGUAAGAGAGAGAGAGACAGACAGACAGAAGGAGGCAGAGACAGAGAAAGAGAGAGACAGAGAAUGAGUGAGAGAGAGAGAGACCGCCCUCACUGCGUAAUGGUUGUGUCACACCCGUACACACCACGUAAACAAAAGCACAUUGUCGGUGUCCCUGGAAUCGAGUUCGGGUUUUACAGCAAGCUUGGAAGACGUGUUGCACUGCAGCCAUCGUGUCCCCCACAUUUGAGACCAGCAAGUGGACUUCAUGAUCUCGCUGUACAGCAAAAUAUUUCCAGCCGUUUUGGAUUACAUAGCGCCAGCCAAGGUAAAUGUUUAAAUGACCAUGCCAUGCGUCCAGACGCAGUGCAGCUCCUCUCCUUCAGGAGCCAGCUCGGCGUCUCAGAGCGCAGUCGGUGAGCAGAGUUAUGAUUUCCUCACUCCAGAGUUCGUCAAGUUCAGCAUGGACCUUGCUAACAGUGAAAUAUCAGCUUCACCGUCGGGCGGAGAAGCCUACAGUUGUAGCAACGACGUGAAACCCCAGCAGUGUCUCUUCCAAAUGCCGCUUCACGGGGACAUGUCAUGCGCUAAGAUGGGGGAGGCGCGUGGUUGCCCAGCACGAUUUCAGUCCAGUCAUCACCUGCAGGCGGCUGAUCUACUGUCCUCCACAAGUUCCGUUUACUAUUACCAAUCUGCAUCCUCGCGCGCACCCAUGAUGCCUAACUUUCAAACUCUACCAAUGUGGGAGGACGCUGGUUCUCUUAUUCGUCAAGACUAUUUGGUGGCAGCACAGAGGAAAAAUACCUUUUCUAGAUUCUCACUGUUUUCCAUUAAACAUACACAAGAAUUCAAUCAGAACUUUUCCACUGGCAGUCCAAUGAAAUUUGAUCAACCUUUCCUCGUGUCCACCGACGUGGAUCAAGCACGGGACUCUUCCGGUCUUCUUUGCUGUGCUGGAAUAGGAAAACAGCCAUGUUUGGGGUUUAACCCAGUGCAGCUCGUCCACGGUCAGCAUUUAAGGAACAACCUCAAUCCUCACACAUCCACCCCCAGCCGAGGACGACCGAGUGUGGAGGCACUGUGUGCGGUGUGCGGAGACAACGCAGCCUGCCAGCACUACGGAGUGCGAACUUGCGAGGGAUGUAAAGGAUUCUUCAAGCGCACAGUGCAGAAAAAUGCCAAGUAUGUGUGCUUGGCGGCCAGGAUUUGCCCCGUAGACAAACGGCGGAGGAAUCGCUGCCAAUACUGUCGCUUCCAGAAAUGUCUUGCCGUCGGAAUGGUCAGAGAAGUGGUGCGGACAGACAGUCUAAAAGGUCGCAGGGGUCGCCUUCCCUCUAAACAUAAAGUUCUUCCCGACUCAUCCUCACCGGUCAACACGCUGCUGAGCUCCAUCAUCAGAGCGCAUGUGGAGUCCAACCCUUCACCCUCACAGUUUGAUUACUGCAAAUUCAAAGAAAGUCCAGAAAGCCCUCCAGGAGAUGAUGCUCAGCACGUGCUUCAGUUUUACGACCUCUUGACCAGAUCAAUGGAAGUGAUUCAGACAUGGGCACUGAAGAUACCGGGAUUUGUCUCUCUGACCAAGCAUGACCAAGACCUCCUGUUCUACUCGUCAUUCUUGGAGCUCUUUGUUUUACGUCUGUCGUACAGAUCUAACCCUGAUGAAUGCAAAUUGAUAUUCUGUGACGGCUCCGUGUGGCACCGCCUCCAAUGUCUGCGGGGCUUUGGCGAGUGGAUUGACAGCAUUGUCGACUUUUCCACCAACCUACACAGAAUGAAUCUGGACAUCGCCACCUUCUCCUGCAUAUGUGCCCUUGCUCUGGUCACUGAGCGACACGGACUGAAGGAACCGAGGAAGGUGCAGGACCUGCAGAGUAGCGUUGUCAAAUGUUUGAAGGAUGGCAGUUUGUACACAGAGAGAGACUCCAACCAUUUGUACAGACUGGUGGAGAAGCUUCCUGAACUUCGCACUCUGUGCAUUCAGGGCCUGCAGAGGAUUUUUUAUUUAAAGUUGGAGGAUCUGGUGCCGCCACCCGCAACAAUAGAUAAGUUAUUCCUCGACACGUUGCCCUUCUGAAGACACCAGAGGAUGCAUUCAAGGACGUUGGCCGAAGGUGAUGCUGUGAAGUUUGAUGAUUUAUUUAAGAUUUGAGCACAAAAAACCCCUCCUUUUUGAAUCUUAUUCAACUCUUGAUGUCAAAUGUGAAUUUUGAUGUGAUUUUUAUGCAUCUUCUUCCUUUAUUUUCUGUAAUAGGAAGGCUGAAUUUGCAAUGUCACAACUGAUGUGUAAAUAUAAAUGUGGAUUUUCUGUUAAGUGUCCUCGGAAUGUUUUGUUUAUAUUUGUAAUUGUCUUGUCAUGUUUUAUUGAAUAAAUAACCCUUUGGGA